UUAAUUUGUGGCAUCGGAGAUACACAGGAUGGGCGUGGCCCACAUCUAAUUAGCUAAUCACACUAUAAAUGUACGUGUAGACGAUGGAGACGGUCACUAAGAUCAUCCAGGCUGGAGACGGUGCGGCAGUGCUGACAGCUCUACAGCAGUUCACGGAGGAGAACAAGACCAACUUCCAGCUUGGAGAGAGUACAGACAUCAGAAAGUCCUUCUGCAGUGCUGUACUGCGCCUGCUACAAGAGGAGGGGAUAUGGUCACCAAGGAUACUCUCAUUAGCACUGAAUGCCCUCAGGGUAUUUGCCCGGGAGCAUCAAGGUGUGGAGGGGCUCAUCAGUCGGGAUGGGUUGCUUGUGAUAGCACAGCUCGCUGGGCUGAGUACUCAUGGCUCAGAGGAGGACAUACCUGCAGACAGACUGGAAGUGAUAGUUGAGGCGACCAAAGUACUGUGUAACAUUGUACUCAAUCAUCGCUACCUGGCCCCCCUCACGGCGGACAUUGGCUGUCUGACUGGCCUCUCAUCCAGACUCUCCCUGGCAGCCACCUUGCAGCCACCACAUGACCUCCUCUUCUUUGACCUCAGACUCUUGUUCCUCAUCACGGCUUGUGGGCCAGCUGAGAGGGUAGCGUUCAGAGACUGCUGUAAUGGAAUUCCUAUUCUAGUCAAUCUUGUUGAUGCUACUUUGUUCGGACCGUCACCGAAAGAGGGUAUGGUUUCUGUUCAAGCCACACCCAUCUGUGAGGAUGAGCCGAAACCGAAGGUGUCACCAUGUAACCUAACAAGAGAGGGUGUUGCUUGUUUGACCACGCCCAUCUCAGUGCGUCAGUGCAGUGUGUUGUGUGAGGCCCUCAAGAUCCUGUUCAACCAAACUCUCAACUGGAAGGACGAGUAUGAUGAGGAUGAGCUGUGCCUGUGGCGACGCCUCUCUCAGUUGGUACGGAUCCUCCUUAUCUCUCUCCCCCCACACAGAGACAAGACUACCACAGACACCAUCAGUCACUGUGCUGAGCUUCUGGUCAACACUCCAGAGCAGUGUGCUGUGUCGUUCUUGUUCCCCGGGGAUGUUCAAGUGAUGCCCACAUUACGACCUCUGUACCCUGACCUUUACGACUGUGAUGGCCUGUACGCUAGCAACCUUGACUGUGUGUGUGAUGACUGGAACAUGUGUGCAGUGUUGUCACUCAUCAACUACCUUCACUGGCAACUGGGUUGUGACUCAGAGCGUUCCCGUCUCUCCCCAGCACUGACUGCCCUCAGGGUGUUGGCUAAGGGUCACCGCAGCAUACGACGCUACCUCAGGUCCAUUAUUCUGCCCACAUUGAAGGAGAUCACACAGCGACCAGAUGAGGGGAACUCCCUCAAGAGCAUGAUAGUAUGUCUGAUGACGGCGGGGUCAAUGGGCGCAGAGGAAGUAACAGCUGACCUGCUCUUUGUGCUGUGUAAAGAGAACGUAUCUCGUCUGGUGAAACACACUGGUUUCGGGAAUGCUGCUGGUCUACUCAUGUCUCGUGGAUUGUUAGGGGGAGGGCGUUGUGAAGGGGAGGAGCAGUACUCGUCAGACAGUGAAAGCUCUGACACAGAGGAGUAUCAGAGAUCACGUGACAAACUGGACCCAGUAACUGCGGGGCCAGGUGACAUUGAGGAUAGCCCCUCCCCCUUGGAUCACAUGACUGAAGAGGAGAAGGAGAUUGAGGCAGAGAAACUGGCAGAGCUGUUCGACAAACUGAACAGACACGGUGUGAUCAAGGUGAUGCCAGUGGGUAAAGAUGGGAAGCCAGUUUUAGACCAGGAUAAGUCAGAAGAAGAUUGAUGAUAGAGCCUCCUCAGAGUUCAAUACGUAUAUAGGUUUUCAAUUUUUGAUGCACACUUUUAAUUACGAGUUUGUAACCCAUCAAUAAUAUGUUGUUGCACACAACCAA